AUGUCGGAACCUAACCCCGAAGCGAGCUCACGAGCAAAGACCCCCAGAAAGACCGGCAGCUCUGCGCGAGGAAAAUGGAGCGAGGAGCGGCUACUCACGAGCGAUAAGUCAGCCCUCAUAGGUAUGGACUUGGUGAAACUCCUGUCACACCCCCGAGCAUGGAACUGCCUGGAGGAGUCCGAAAAGCGGGAGAUCCUCGCUCUUCUACCCCCAGAUGUUCACCCGGAAGCACAGAUUCUGUCUAAUGAGCCGGGUACAAAUAUACCCCCGAUUCCUGAUAGCUUUGUCCGUUACUCGAACAACUGGCGCGACGGUGUGCGACAGUUCCAGCUUGAUCUCGAAAACGGACGGUAUGAUCCCAAAUGGCUACGACAGGCACAAGAGGCCAGAGAGCGUCGUUCGGAGGGCGCUUUUGAUAGCUUCAAAGAGCGCGAAUACGAACUUUUCUGGGGGCAAAAGCAGAAAGUUCACUGUAAAGCACCUGCCGGCGAAAGCGCGCGGGUGAAACUGGGAACUCUAAUCACGGAAGGCGUUGUCCAGUUGGGAGACGUCUGGAGAUUCUACUUCGUUUUCGGCAGAGGAUCAGGCAGAAUUGUUAUCGACAAAGAAGCAAGGAUCGAUGCAAUUAAUGGUGUCAAGCUGACAUUUGCCAUUCCACCGGGCGAGAGAGUGUUGCUUCGCUCUAAAUUCCAUGGAGACUCGAAAAAGAGCACACCGAAGAAAGAGGAAGACAUCAAAGUGGGUGUUCAGACAGAGCCAGACGCAAUCAUUGUAUCCGCAAACCAUGCUCCGGCCUCGGUUGAGAACGCAGGAUCAAACGAGACCAUAUUACCUUCUAAUAUUGAAGAGUCGCCAACCAGAAGCUCAACAGACCCCCACCCAGUGCCCACAGCCUCUCUCGACGAACAAGAGCCUGAGAAUGCGCCCGACUUCAGCGUUGUCAUAGUCAGCCCAGCAAAAGGACGGAACCCCAAGCGUACUAUAUCCCUUCCCGAAACCCAGUCCCCCAUGAAGCGCAAAAGAGGACGGCCGCUUCAGAACAUACAUGAUCCCGACAACGUACCUACGUCAGAGAUAGAGAAGAACCUGGCAAUUCCGAACGAAAACCAACCAGAAUCAGUAUCUGUGGUUACUCCGAGGCCUGUUCUGGCGGAGGAGAUAGAGCACAAUACCACAGUGGAUGCUGUCUUUUUUCAGCCAUACUGUGCAAGCCAAGAUGAUUCUUCGCCGCUGUCCUCUCCUCUUUCCACGCCGCCUGCAUCUCAAGAAAUUGAGUAUGAAUUUACCAAUGCCCCUAUCAACCAUGCAACGGUGGAUAUGUCUUUAGACAACGAUAAAACUUCAAUCCCAGAGGCAUCUGUCCAGGUGCCAACCAACAGUGAUAAUAACCUCAUCAUGUCAACAGACGAAGUCAUCAAGUUUGAAAAAUCCACAGCAAUCGAUCUCACGAAUGCACCAUUAAAGAUUGAACAGGAUGUGCCCAUCACAGCUGCCGCUGCGGAGGGACAAAUAAACGAGGCCCCAACUUCAUCUCAACUUACCACAGACUUCGCAACGAAUGAAGCGGACGAGGUGAUUGUACCCGAUGUUGCUACGCCACAUUCUCUCAUCAGGAAGAUUUUGGAAAUCGAUGGCCGUAAGCCGAAUGGGCGUACAGCGAAUGCAUGGAAGGAACUACGGUGUUACCGCAACAACCAGGACAUGGGCAGUCUCUUUGAUGUACGGGAGACUUGGUUCUUGCAGAAUGAACAUGAUUGA